CACAGGCUGUGGGCUCCUCCGGCCUCCUCACCGCCCGUUGCCCUUGGUGUGCCCGCUGUGCGAGGCCCCGCGACAGGGAAAAACGCAGUCAUGGUGAAUAUUCCACAAGCUGUGCGUGAUCACUGGGUUCACAUCUUCGUUCCCUUAGGAUUUGUGAUCGGAUGCUAUUUGGACAGAAAGAACGAUGAAAAAUUGUCUACCUUCAGAAACAAGAGCUUGUUAUAUAGAAGAGAGCUGAAGCCUGGUGAAGAAGUUACAUGGAAGUAAAGGCUGCUGACAAAAUGUAGAACAUUUUCAUUGGAAUACAGAGAUGGACACCUGCGAUUCAUCAGUGCUUAGCUUAAUUUCCAAUCUUGCUUUUUGGACAAUGACUUCAUUAUAUUACUAGUAUGUGUCCAGGAAUUUUAGUAGUCUAUAUCUGUUGAAUUUCUUUUGUCAGUGGAAGUCAUAGUCUGAAGAGGGGAGGAAGAGUUAUGUAAUAAAGGAAAGCUAUGCAAAAA